UCCGAGUCCAAACCAAAAACUGAAGAUCCUCGAGGAGGAGGCAAACAUGAAGAUGUGCUACACAACCUGUUUUCUGAUUGCUCUGGUGAUUGCUGUUCAGUCCGGUCCGAUACCAAAGACAGAAGAGAAAGAUGAUGCCUUUGCCGAGGCUUACCUAAAGAAAUUCUACAACCUCACCUCAUCCACUAAUAAAGGACGAUUCAGUCAGAUGAGUCUGAAGAUAGCUGAGAUGCAGAAGUUUUUUGGACUCACCGUGACGGGGUCGCUGGAUUCCAACACCUUGGAGGUGAUGAAGAAACCACGAUGUGGAGUGGUCGAUGUGGGCGCGUACUCCACGUUUGGCGCAGAUCUUAAAUGGCAAACAAACCAGCUGACAUACAGGAUUGAGAAUUACACUCCAGACAUGUCUGUGGCUGAAGUGGACGACUCCAUCCAGAGAGCGCUGCAAGUCUGGGCUCGUGUUACCCCUCUGAAGUUCACUCGCAUCAACAGUGGCAUAGCCGACAUCAUGAUCUCCUUCGGGAGAGGCUCCCAUGGUGAUGCCUACCCGUUUGAUGGACCAUCCGGCACUCUGGCACAUGCUUUUGCGCCAUCUACUGGUAUCGGUGGAGACGCACAUUUUGAUGAAGAUGAAAGCUUCACCUUCAGUUCCACUAAUGGAUUUAUUUUGUUCCUGGUGGCUGCUCAUGAGUUUGGUCAUUCUCUGGGUCUGUCUCACUCCAGUGACCCCGGGGCUCUUAUGUACCCAACCUACAGCUACAGAGACCCAAAAACAUUUGUCCUGCCUGCAGAUGAUGUCAACGGCAUUCAGUCACUUUAUGGAAAGAACACAGGACCAGACCCAAACCCUGUUGACCCUGUCAACCCCAGUAAACCUGACCCACCUCCAGUCACCCCAAGUGCCUGUGACCAAACGCUAGUCCUGGAUGCUGUGGCCACACUGCGUGGAGAGAGGCUCUUCUUCAAGGAUGGCUUCUUCUGGCGUUUAUUUGGAGCCAACACGGUUCAGCUGCAGCUGAUCAAGAGCUUCUGGCCUGAUGCGCCAGAUAAUAUUGAUGCUGCAUUUGAGAACACUGUGCAAGACAGACUAUACCUCAUCAAAGAUCAAAAAGUAUGGGCUUUUACUGCUUAUGACCUUGUGAGUGGAUUUCCCAAGAGCCUUAGCAGCUUGGGUCUGCCUGCCAUUGUGAAGAAGGUCAGUGCUGCCCUUUAUGACCAAAGCACUGGCAAGACAUUGUACUUCGUGGACAACAAUUACUACAGUUAUGAUGAAAACAAGAAAAAGAUGGACACCGGAUAUCCCAAACGGGUGGAAAAUGGCUUCCCAGGAGUUACUGGAAAAAUCACUGCUGCCUUCCAGUACAAGGGUUUCACCUAUCUCUUAAGUGGAACACGUAUUUUUGAGUACAGCACUUCUACCAAGAAGGUGUUGCGCAUGCUGAACAACAACUACUUUUUGAAGUGUUAGUGGUUGAGUUUUUUAUUUUUAUUAUUUUUUUUUUUCCAAGAGCCAAAUACUGGAUCUGGGUUAUGGAAAAAUCUCCAUAGAUUAUAUAAGGAAUUCAAUUUAUUUAUAGAUUACUGUGUUUUGUUUUUUUUUAUUAAAUUUUAUGAGGACGUGUUUAAUUUUGCUGUGUAAUGAAAAAUA